AAUCUAUGAGGAGAUGCUGAGAUCAGGCAGGCGGGUCCAUACACUACUUCCGUGUCCAUAACGGGCUGUGACAGGUUAAAACAGAUAAUGUAAAAAUCCCAUAGACUGUAAUGGGAUUGUGUAACGGACGAUUUUAAGGGUUUUCCUAACGGAACGUUAUAACGGGUCUAUAAAACAGAUGAAUAUAUAGUGUGACAAGGCACCUUAGUGUAUCCCUUCCGCCUUUAUAUAGUAGUUUCUAAAUAGCCAUAUUAAUUUAAAGAAAACUAAAACAAAUAUAUAGUAAUACAAUCAGAGGAUGUAAAAUACACAUAACAGGAAUAUGAUAGAAAACAGUAAACUUUAUCGCAUCUCAAAAUAGUGGAGGGUAAAACCCCCAUUAAGAUAAAAUGUGAAAAGAUACAUUCACAACCCAACGAGCUGAUCUUCUUUUAUAAUACCCUAUAAAAUACACUAAUAAAGCGAAGAUUAGCGGUUCUUAUAUAGUUUAUAUCUGCAAACAAUAACAUUAGCGGCUUUAUAUACCUGCCCUGCCUACACUUUAUCCCAUAUUCACACUUGGUGAAACAGCGGCCUUGGAGUUUUCAUAAUCUGCCCACAGUCAUGAGAAGUUCUAGUGUUGAGCAGUGGCCACCACCAGAGGCUCAUGGCUACUACAAGCAAGGUAGGCAACUUCCUGCUGCACCAAUCACUGUUGUCACCGCACUACUACCCCACCAUCUGCGGCCGUGGUGCUGCGUUCUUCCAUGGAUUGUAACCUGUAACAGCGAGCAAACAUGUGCAGUGCCACCGGAGAGAUAUGAAGACCUUGUAACACGAGGAGGAGCUCUGUGACAGGCGGAGGCCAGGACCCACACACCAGUUACGUCACCACCUCAGCUACAAAGGAAAGUGAAACCUGUAGAGGAUUUCCCAAAGAAUUCAGUUAGCAUUCUCCUUUAAGUUACCUCACCAAAACAUUAUGGGAAGACAUCAUGAAAGUGAAUAUGGGAACGUGGGAUAUAAAAGAAGAAACAUGGAGCCUCCUAUACCAGAUCCACCAUGGAGAAUCACCGUACAGGUAUGGCUGCCGUUAUCAAAAUCGUGGUUCUUCUGUGUUUCGCGUACCUGCAGCACCCAGCCGAGGGUCAUCCGCUACAAAAGCGAUGCCAUAUAUCCAAAUAUAAAAUGGUGCGACCAGACAUGAUGGACGCGGCAUCGAAGCUCCAGAUCCAACCGAAAUACAAACCUAUAUGCAACCAAGGACUUCGCCUGAUAAACUUUCCCAACUGUGACAUAAAGGGGAAAGCAAGACUGAUGCUCACAUUGGACAGGCUGUCCCUAGUUAUUAGAGUACUGGAAAACAUGAAUACGACAGGAAAUCUUAUUAAGACCCAACUUGUGGCACAAAAUCUGGAAACUUUCUCCAUUCUCCAGACAGACCUGAUGAAUUGUGAAAAAGUGCAAUCCCCCAACCUGAAAAAGUGUCAGCGUCAUCUCAACCAGUACAGGAAAACGGUGACCAGCGAGUGUCUGGAAAAUGAUGUUCUUCAGAACCUGGUCUGGAUUUUAAUUGAUGAUGUGGGGUACCUGGUUAAUGGCGUACCUUCAAGUGCAGAAGGCAUAAAGAAGGCGGAUCGUCAUGUCAAGGCCAAAGAACCUGCUGCAAAGAAACGUAAAGGAAAAAGGAAGAAGAAAAACAAUAAAAUAAAAAAGAUGGCCAACUAAACACUUCUCCCUGAGCAGAAAAAAAGAAUGAAGUUGUUACAUCUCAAUUGGAUGUUUAAUUCUGCUCUAUGGAGGAUUGUCCCAAAGCUUUUUAUAUACACAUCAUCCAGUCAUCAUCCUCCAUGUCUACCCUGAUCAUCUGACCAUCCUCAGAAAGUCUGGAUUACAUACAAAAAUACCAAAGAGAAUCAAUGACCAAAAGACACAUGAAGAGUGGACCGUCCGGGUUCUCUAUAAAUGGACACAAUGUUUUUUGCUCAGUUACUUUUAUAAUGUAAUAAUUUAAUAUUUAUUACUAUAAUAAUUUAUUUGUGGAGAUAAUGGCAGAGCCAUGAUAUGUUCCUCACCAAU